CCAAUGAGUUAUUAUUUUUAGUAAUUACCGUUUUACUUAUUACCGUGCAUUUUUGCAUCGAAGGUAACAUUAUUGUCAAAGAACAGCUGCCUGACAAGCGACUUCCUGGGUUAAACCUUUGAACCUUUUGCGCAUGCGAACUGAGGCAUUUGGUUUGAAAACAGCAGCGCGAAAAAACAGGACGCCUAGUUUUAGAUUUUGAAUACUGUGUUUAAACUGUGUAUGACUUUGCUUAUGCCUCAAUUAUUGCACUAAGAAAGCUCCUACUCCCUUUGCUUAAGAAGUUUUUGUUUAAUUUACGUUUGCACACUCAGACGUCGUUACGUUGCUUUAGCCUUACAUUUUUGUAUAUUUCGACUUUUAUUUUUUUCCACGAGCGAACAUGAAACCUGCACGAGGCUCUAACCGGGCCCCAUCAAAAACACCUAACCGGAAAAACAAGGAAAAAGCAGAAGCGACAGCGAAUCAGGACCGUGGCAAGAUCAUCCAUUCAAAACCAGCACAGAGGAAAGCCGAAAGAGGAUCAUCUCCUGCCGCUAAGAGGACAAAAGUCCAGGACAACAGAGCGCUGAUGUCCAGGUCCUCCGUCAUUGCUCUGGAGAACAUAAUGGACUUAUCAAUACUAGCAACCCUUGCUUUAAAGCGGACAGAGAAAAAGGAAAGCCAGGAGCAUCUGAACAAAAUGAAAAGCAUAUUCCUAGCUCAGUGUGCGCAACUCAAAGUUCCAGUUCAGAAACAAAAAGAUUUGGAGUGUUCAUUUCAGCAUCACCAGGAGGAGACUAAGAAGUCAGUGGUUGGCAAGAAGAAUCUGAGCAUCCUGGAAGAAGACCUGAGAGCUGUGGUUCGUGGUCUCGAGAAGAUGGAGGAGGAAACGGAGUCUUUGCAGCACUCAUGCAGUCAGCUGAGGGACCAGGUGGAGGAGGAAGAGGAGAAAGCUAAAGAGAUUUUACAAAUGACUGAACAAGCCAUUCUGAAACUUCCUCAUCUUCCUUCUCAGAAAGGUGAAACUUUAGAGUCUCGGUUGAAAAAGAUUAUACCAGACAGUGACUCUGAGGCUCGGAAACUGGGCCAAAUCCUGCAGAAAUCAGAGGCCACGGAGGAUGCCCGGGUGCUGCUUCUACAGGCGCACGAUCAUGCUGAACAGCUCUUCCACCCCGGCUACGUAGUGAACAGAAGUGCACUUAGUUUAGAGGAAAUGUAGCAUUAAUUUUGGAAGAGGAGGUUUAGAGAUUUGCUGCAUUGGACAACAUUUCUUGGUGUUAAUACUACUAACUUCCGUGUUUGUGGUUGUCUUUCUGCUUACCGCGCAGUCUACUGGUAUUGAGUUUGCAUCAUAUUGCUGUUUUCUGUUACUGUUUUACAGUUUCAUAUUAUGUGUUCUAAUAUGG